AUGCGGAACUACAAGGGGUUUGACGCUGUGGAUGUCCAUCUCGCGGAUGACGGAAUCGUCCAAGCAAUCGGCAGUGGGGACAUUGUCAUGUCGAUGAAGACACCCCAAGGGAUGAAGAAAGGUGUGCUCACAAACGUGUGGCACAUCCCAAAGUUAUCCAGAAACCUGUUCUCGGUCGGCCGCUUCACCAAGGAUGUCGGCCCAGUGACGUUCACGAAGGAUGGGUGCUAUGGAGAAGCGAAAGGGACCAAGUGGAAAAUUGGUGCCCGUGAAGGUAAAGGACUGUUCAAGCUGCAAAUGACUCCAGUGGCGCCGGAACAAGCAAAUGCAGCCAAGUCGUCGGGAUGUCAAGGGGGCACCAAGUCGUACCUCUGGCACCUUCGGCUUGGCCACAUAGGUCACGAUGGACUCAAUUGCAUCGUGACGAAGAACAUUGGAAUUGGCAUCGACAUAUCUUCGGUGAAGAAGUGGGACGUGUGUGAAGGUUGUGCUCUGGGAAAACAGACUCGAGUGCGCUUCCAAUCAAACACUACAGCUCGCACCUCCAAACUCCUCGAAGUGAUUCACAGCGACGUAUGUGGACCGAUGUCGAUGGCAACUUUCAGUGGAAAACGGUACUUCGUGACAUUCAUUGAUGACAAGUCAAGAUACUGUGUCGUCUAUCUGCUCAAGAGCAAAUCUGAAGUUGCGGCGAAGUUCAUGGAAUACGCUGCGAUGGCCGAAACGCAAACCGGAAAGCGCGUGAAGUACCUUCAAAGCGACAAUGGGGGUGAAUACAAGUCCGACAAGCUGGCACGAUUCUGCGCGGAACGGGGAAUACAACAAAGGUUCACACCCCCAUAUACUCCUCAGCUAAACGGAGUAGCUGAGAGAAUGAAUCGCACGCUGGUCGAGUGUGCGCGUUGCAUGAUGGAACACGCUGGACUGGGAAAGAGCUACUGGGGUGAAGCAGUGAUGACGGCGAUGUUUCUUCGAAACCGCUGUCCAACACGUGCCAUUCACCAAGACAAGUCUCCAUAUCAAGUGUGGACGAUGAAGAAACCGAUUCUGGCCAACCUUAAAGUGUUUGGAUGCCACGCGUAUGUUCAAGUGCCUCAAGACAAACGCGCGAAGUUCGACUCCAAGUCAUCACUCUGUCGUUUCCUGGGAUACGCCGAACACCAGAAGUCAUAUCGAUUUGAGGAAGUGUCAACAGGAGCGAUCAAGAUCAGUCGCGAUGCCACAUUCAUGGAAGACAAGUUUGAUGAAGGUCCGCGCAACUACAACGAUGAGUCAAGUGUCGUUGAGUUUGAUGAUCAUGAUGAGGACGAAGAAAAAGAAGAAGGUAAAACUGACGACGACAUGGACUCGAGCGACGAUGACAACGAAGACACCAGGUCUUCGAAGAGCAACAUCAAGAGACACACGCGCACUCAAUCACUUGAGAAAGCUACCGUCAUUCCAAGUCCCAAGCGAAGAACGUACAGAGGUCCGUCGCUUGAGCAUGUGUCAGCGGCUGCAAUGGAUUUUGAAGCAGCCUACAUCGUUGAUUCAGUGGGGGGAAACGCCGACUACAUUCAAAGAAACGACACGUGGGAAAUCGUGCCUCUUCCGAAAGGUCGCAAGGCCAUCGGGUGCCGAUGGGUUUUUCGUGUAAAGGAGAAUCAAGAUGGCGAAGUUGAACGUUUCAAGGCAAGACUUGUGGCCAAAGGAUUCUCACAGAAAUUCGGAGUUGACUAUGAAGAAACUUUCGCACCGGUGGCCAAGUUCACAUUGAUUCGUGUGGUGCUCAGUAUGGCGGCCAAGUACGGCCUAAUGCUACAUCAGAUGGACGUCAAGACAGCGUUUCUUAACGGCUCCCUCAACGAAGACAUCUACAUGGACCAGCCGGACGGAUACCUGGAUGCAACACAGCCGGACUAUGUGUGCAAGCUAAAGAGAUCACUCUACGGCUUGAAGCAAUCGCCUCGCAUGUGGAACCAAACAAUCGAUGGGUUCAUGAUCAAGAUGGGAUUCAAGAAGUGCGAAUCGGACCACUGCAUCUACAUCAAGCGAGACGACCAAGACAUGAUUCUCGUGGUGCUCUACGUCGAUGAUCUCAUCCUGGCCAGCAGCAACAACGAACUCCUCAAGUCAACCAAGAUGGCGCUGAGCAAACGCUUCGAAAUGACGGAUCUCGGUGAGCUCGAUUACUUUCUCGGCAUGGAGAUCAAGAACGACCGUAAGACGGGAAUGGUGACUGUACAACAAACCAAGUUUCUCAAGUCCGUGUUAACCAAGUUCGGAAUGGAUAACAGCAAGCCAGUGAAGACGCCUCAAGAUCCCGGCCUGAAGCUAACCAAGAACAUGUGUGAACAAGAAUGCAAGCACGAAGACACCAUGUGCAACGUGCCAUAUCGAAGUGCUGUCGGAGGCAUCAUGUAUCUCAUGGUCGCCACACGUCCGGAUCUAGCUGCUGCAGUGGGAUCAUUAUCCCAGUUCUCGUCCGACCCAUGCCCGACUCACUGGCAAGCUUUGAAGCGUGUGCUGAGAUACCUGCAAGCAACGCCCAAUCAUGGUCUUGAGUUUACACGUGAAGAAGGAAGCCGUAUCUGCGGGUACACCGACGCAGACUGGGCCGGCGACAUUGAGUCAAGACGAAGUACAAGCGGCUAUGUGUUCAUGAUGAGCGGAGGAUGCAUCAGCUGGAAAAGCCAGAAACAACGGACGGUCGCGCUAUCUUCAACAGAAGCAGAAUACAUGGCGCUUUCCGAAGCAACCAAAGAAGCAGUAUGGCUCAAGGUGCUUUUGGGGGAACUUGGUGAGAUGACAAGCGACGAAGCGAUCAAGAUGUAUGAAGACAACCAAGGAUCAAUCGCUCUCGCCAAGAACCCGGAGUUCCAUAAGAGAACAAAACACAUCGACAUACGCUACCAUUUUGUGCGUGAGAAGGUGGAAUCAGGUGAAGUCGUUUUGGAGUAUUACCCGACUCAAGAUAUGCUGGCAGACAUGAUGACCAAGCCGAUCGCCGCUGUACAAUUUGAAAACAUUCGCGAUCGACUUGGGAUCCAAGAUGCCGCAGCUAACGAGUCGAGAGGGAGUGUUGAAAAGACAGCGGCUGUGAAGAAGACACCUCGUCAAGCUGCGUCAAGUGUUGAAGCAAGUGGAAGACCAAGCUUCGCUAUACCGGUGGGUACCGGUAUGUACCAGUAA